AUGUCGAGCAGGAGGCUGAUGGCUGCCGCCUCGAUGGCAGUCGUAGCAUGCGCUCUUGUGGCGUUGAAGCUUCAAUCACAGGCUGCAGGCCACAGCGAGGCCUCUAGUCUUGCCAGCAAGGGUGCGGUGAAAGUGGACAUGGAGGCGGUACAUGCACUCCACUCACGCGAUCCAAACUUCCCCGUGGUCUCCCCAUCGGAAGCUGAUGGGAAUGCCGAGGCGCUUUCCGUCGAGCAUGCCAAGUGGAAGAGUGUUUACCCUAUGAAGUUCUCUGCCAAGACUUCGCACUCUGUUCCGGAAAACUCGCAUGCUGAGUGGAGCAUGAAAGAGAAGCAGAUGCAGAGAGCAAUCCACGUCUUUCACAAGUACGGGGACAUGGCGCUCGAGAAGCUGCUUCCUCCCAAGCACAAACCUGCUCUGAGACACUUUGAACCAUUGCGAGUGGAAUCUUCGCGCUCGUCCCCCCGCUCAUUCACGACCAAGAACGCUCAAGAAGCGAUCGACGCUGUUGAGAAAAACCUGGAGAAAUCGCAGGAGUCCAAGAUCGAGCAGAUGAACGCGAGGGAGGCAGGACUUCUCUACGCUGCGAAAACGAAGCAGGAAGACCUUACCCGCAAGUUUCAGAGACAGCUCGCACGCGAGAAGCGACGAGAGUCAAAUCUGAAGAAGGAGCUGUCCGUAGUCUCGAGUGAGAACAACAAGCUUCAGGCCAGGAACUCGCACCUUUCUUCGUUGAUUGAGAAAUCGUUGCGUGCAAGGGACAAGAGCCAAACCAGAAUAGACAAGUUGGACGACGAGAUCUCAUCGAUGAAGAAGACAGAAGAAAUGAACAUCGCAGAUCUGAAAAGCAAGCUAAGGCAUGUCGAGGACGACAACAAGUCUCUCCGCAACCAGAUUCGGCACACUGACGCCAAGGAGAAUUCAAUCACCAAUGUUGCUGCAGCUCAUAAAGAUGUCAAGGAGCAGUUGCGCACGCUGCCAAAUGAUUCGGAGAGCAGAGCUGUAAAUCUCGCGACCACGUACUUGAGUCCUGAGUACGAGAAGGAUGAUCGCACGAGGAGCUUCCUUCUGAGAAAACAGCAACAAGAAGAGCAGGAAGAGAGCGCGGCGGUUACGCCUCAUCCAGUGAAGCAGAACAAGCACGAGAACAAGGCAAUUGAUCUGGCAUCUACUUACUUGAGUCCGGAAUACGAGAAGAACGAUCGCACGAGGAGCUUCCUUCUGAGAAAGCAGCAACAAGAAGAGCAGGAAGAGAGAGCGGCGGUCACGCCUCAUCCAGUGAAGCAGAACAAGCACGAGAACAAGGCAAUUGAUCUGGCAUCUACUUACUUGAGUCCGGAAUACGAGAAGCUUCGCAGGCAGAAAUCCCUGGAGGAAAGUUAUUGCGAGGCUUGUGUGACUGGCCCAGACUGUCUCUCUGGGUGUAGAAUCAUGUCUUCUGCUCCUCACCCGGCCGCUACCCACAAGGUCAAGGCCGUUGAAGCUAAACCCGCAGAGCCCAAGGUUUCUCGUCCUCAGCAGGUGUUACCUCAGGUGGGCGUCACUACACGAGGUGUUUGGUUCUUCAACCCCUCACUAUUCGGCUUCCAGGUGGCGACCAGGAGUGUUUCCCCGGUGAAGCCAGUCACACAGGCCAGCGUGUGGGGCCUUGGAUGGAGUGCCAUCACCAAUACCUUCGCCAACUUGUUUCACUUGUAA